AUGAUGGUGGCAGGAAUUAAGAAAUUUGCCGGCUUGGACUUUGUUCCCACAAUCAGUGACAGUGAAGACGAUGUCCCAGUGCUAGAUUCCUCUGAUGACGAAAAGGUCGAGGUAAAGAAGACCGCUAAGAAGACCAAGAGCAAGAAAAACAAGAAGAAGGCCACCGGUGCGGAUGGGCUGGAUGAAGACGUCCAUGAAGACUUAAACGCAGGGUUCAAGUUCGAUUUGGAUGCGGACGACACUACUUCGAACUUUCAAGGUUGGAACUUCUUGGCCGAGGCCAACAAGGAUGAUCCAGAGGCUCCUGUAAAGAAGGACGUGGACUUGGACAAAAUAAUCAGAAGAAAGGGUGGGCUGGUGAAAAUGGCCCAUAUUGACACCAAGGAAGAAGAAGAAGAGGAGGAGGAGGAAGAAGAGGCGCACGAUAGCGACGAUGAGGAAUUGGCAAUGGACGGGUUUGGUAUGGGAGCUCCCGCCAAGAAUGAAGAGGAAGAUGAUUCAGAAGACGAACCAGAAGAAGAGCAGGAACAGGAGGAGGAACAGGAGGAACUUACCAUGGAAAAGGGCGGCAAAAAUGACGAAGCAGUUGAAGAAGACGAUUCCGAAGAGGCAAAAGCCGAUUUUUACGCACCUGAAACUGAGGCGAAUGACGCCAAAAAGCAAAUGUAUGACAACUUCAACAGCCUGUCCCUGUCUCGUCCCGUUCUCAAGGGGCUUGCCAGCUUGGGUUAUGUCAAGCCUUCCCCGAUUCAAAGCGCCACCAUCCCCAUCGCCUUGUUGGGUAAAGAUAUCAUUGCCGGUGCGGUGACCGGUUCUGGUAAGACUGCCGCGUUCAUGAUUCCUAUCAUUGAGCGUUUGUUAUACAAACCGGGCAAGAUUGCCUCCACCAGGGUCAUCGUUUUGUUGCCUACUCGUGAAUUAGCCUUGCAAGUCGCUGAUGUCGGUAAACAAAUUGCUCGUUUCGUAUCCGGCAUCACUUUUGGUCUAGCCGUUGGUGGUUUGAACUUGAGACAACAAGAACAACUGCUGAAGUCUCGUCCCGAUAUCGUUAUUGCUACUCCUGGUAGAUUUAUCGAUCAUAUUAGGAACUCAGCAAGUUUCAACGUGGACUCGGUGGAAAUUUUGGUCAUGGAUGAAGCCGAUAGAAUGCUAGAAGAAGGUUUCCAAGACGAAUUGAACGAAAUCAUGGGCUUAUUGCCAAGCAAUAGACAGAAUCUAUUGUUCUCCGCUACAAUGAACUCCAAGAUUAAAAGUUUAGUAAGUCUUUCUUUGAGAAGGCCAGUAAGGAUCAUGAUUGAUCCUCCAAAAAAAGCCGCUACUAAGUUGACGCAAGAGUUCGUUCGUAUUCGUAAGAGAGAUCACUUGAAGCCUGCGUUGCUCUUUAAUCUGAUCAGAAAGCUGGAUCCAAUGGGCCAAAAGAGGAUUGUUGUCUUUGUUGCAAGAAAGGAAACUGCCCAUAGGUUAAGAAUCAUUAUGGGUCUUUUGGGUAUGAGCGUAGGAGAAUUACAUGGUUCUUUAACACAAGAACAGCGUUUAGAUUCCGUGAACAAAUUCAAAAAUUUGGAAGUUCCUGUACUCAUCUGUACAGAUUUGGCCUCUAGAGGUUUGGAUAUCCCCAAAAUCGAAGUCGUUGUCAAUUACGAUAUGCCCAAGAGUUACGAAAUUUACUUACAUAGAGUUGGUCGUACUGCCAGAGCUGAUAGGGAAGGUCGUUCUGUCACACUUGUGGGCGAAUCGUCUCAUGAUCGUAGCAUUGUUCGUGCUGCUAUCAAGAGUGUGGAAGAAAAUAAAUCGCUUACUCAAGGUAAAGCUCUUGGUAGAAACGUGGACUGGAUUCAAAUCGAAGAGACAAAUAAACUCGUGGAAUCAAUGAGCGAUACCGUUGAAGAAAUUCUAGUUGAAGAAAAGGAGGAAAAGGAAAUCUUAAGAGCGGAGAUGCAAUUGAGAAAGGGUGAAAAUAUGUUAAAGCACAAAAAGGAAAUUCAGGCAAGACCAAGAAGGACAUGGUUCCAAAAUGAAUCAGACAAGAAAAAUUCUAAAUUGCUAGGAGCUUUAUCCAGAAACAAAAAAGUCACCAACAGUAAAAAGAGAAAGCGUGAAGAAGCCAUCGCUGAUGAUAAUGGUUCACGUUCCUAUAGAAAGACUAAGAAUGAUCGUGUCACAGACCAAGAAAGAACUUUCAAAAAACAGAAAAGUGCAAAUCCAAACAAGAAGAAAGGCUUUUCUAAACGUAGGUAA